AUGGCUUUAAUAAAAGCUGAUACGUACGUUUUAGAAAGGGAUGAAAACAAUGAAGUGGAGGAAAGGAAAACAGGAUUAUUUUCCCCGACAAUGUUAAUAAAUAGUCAUAAAGGAGAAGUGUAUUCAAUUAAUUUUUCUUCGGAUGGAAAAUAUAUAGCAUCAUCAAGUUUUGAUAUGACUAUAAUGGUUCAUAAUGUUUAUAAUGAAUGUGAAACUAUAGGUGUUUUAAGAGGUCAUAAGAACGCAGUAUUACAAGCUAAAUGGUUACAGGAUGAUAAUUAUAUAUGUAGUGCAUCAGCUGAUCAUAAAUUAUUUUUAUGGGAUGUUGAAUGUGAAUCCAAGUUAAGAAGUUUUAAAGGACAUGAUAAUAUUGUUAAUGGAUUAGAUAUAAUUAAUCAUAAUUUAUUUGUUUCUUGUAGUGAUGAUAACACUCUAAAAUUUUGGGAUAUAAGAAGUAAAUGGGCUGUUCAUAUAAUAAAACAUGAUUUUCCUUUAUUAAGUGUUUGUUCAGAUAAAAAAGGAGAAUUUCUUUUUACAAGUUGUGUUGAUAAUACGAUAAAAAAAUAUGAUUGUAAAAAUUAUAAAUUAAAAGAUACUUUUAUAGGUCAUAAAGAUUAUAUAACAGGAUUAGAUAUUAAUAAGGACGAAACAAUGCUUGCUUCGAUAAGUGCAGAUGAAUCUAUUUGCUUCUGGGAUAUUCAACCUUUUUCAUGUGAAGAAAAAUUAUUAUUUCAAUUAAAUUCACCAAAAUAUAAUAUUGAUUAUAAUUUGAUUAAAUUAUCUUUUAAUAACGAUAAUCUUUUAGCUUGUGGAAGUGGAGAUAACUAUUUAUACAUAUAUGAUUAUAAACAAAAAAUAUUAAAAUAUUCCUUACCAGGUCAUACUAGUACUAUUAAUGAUGUUGCCUUCCACCCCGUUGAAGAUAUUGUGGCAUCAUGUUCUUCAGAUCACACCAUAUUUUUAGGGGAAAUAUGA